UAAAAGGAAUUUGCAUGGCCCUACAGCUUCAUGAUAAGCACGUUCAGAAAUAGCACCCCACAAGGGAAAAAUAAAAGAAACAAAGAGCUAGCAUGAUUACACGGCAAAAAUAAAGAAAAAGAAUAAAGCAAAGCAGAAAAUCCAUGGCCCCCAGACCAACAUCUAGAAAUUUGUUCAGCUUCAGCCACAGCCACAGGCAAGCCAACCCUAGUCUCUCUCUCUCUCUCUCUCUCUCUCUCUCUGUCUCUGUCUCUCUGCCUCGCCUUCUUCUGCCCUGCUCUUUAUAACAUUUAUUGCUUAGGUGUCUCAAAACUCAGCUGAGUUUAAUCUCAUAUCAGACGAAAAAAUGGGGAAAAUAGGCACCAAGUUGCCAGGUUUCUGCCUAAACAGAAUUAGGCCACAUGUUAGAGUUCGUUCUCCAACUAUACAGUCCAAGGCAGAUGCUGCCUCAGAUGUCACCAAAAACAAUGCUGAUAAAAAAGCUGAGAAUUCUGGCAAUGUUGGGGAAGAAAAAGCUGGUGGUAAUGGAGCUAUAGCUAGGAAAAUCAUGAUUGUAGUUGAUUCUAGCCUUGAAGCUAAAGGAGCUCUGCAAUGGGCUCUCUCUCACACUGUUCAGAGCCAGGACAAACUUGUCCUGCUUCAUGUAACCAAACCUUCAAGUUCAAAACAAGCAGCUGGUGAGGAGCCCAGCAAGGAUGUAGCUCCAAGGGCUUAUCAACUUGUUCACUCUUUGAGGAACAUGUGUCAGUUGAAGAGACCAGAGGUACAAAUUGAGGUUGCAGUGGUGGUCGAAGGUAACAAGGAGAAAGGUCCAACUAUACUGGAAGAGGCCAGAAAACAAGAGGUGGCACUGCUUGUUCUGGGGCAGAAAAAGAGGUCUACGACAUGGCGUUUGCUGAUGAUGUGGGCAGGCAACCGGGUGGGCGGCGGUGGCGGCGGCAGCGUUGUGGAGUACUGUAUACAAAACGCCAGUUGCAUGGCAGUUGCUGUGAGGAGGAAAAGCAAGAAAGUUGGAGGCUAUUUGAUUACCACAAAGCGCCAGAAAGAUUUCUGGCUCUUGGCUUAAUUAACUAAAAUGUGUUAUAUAUAUGAUAGUCUAGUCUUACUACAUGAAAAAAUUAUGAUUGGUUUUCUUGGCAUCUGUUUGUAAAUUAAAGGUGGUUAUGAAUGAAAAAGUGUUGCUGUGAUCA